CGGACCCGCCCCUCGGGCCCGGGCCGCGCGGGAGGCGGAGCUCGCACUCAGGAGCCGCCUCCCGGGCAGCGGAGGCGGUCCCCGAGUAGCUUUCCGCGGCCUCCCCUGUCUCCGCGCAGAGCUCGCCGGCCGCGGCCGCCUCUGGGAUUGUUGGAGCAGAACUACGAGCAAAAGCAGGCAUUGUAUUUUCAGUUGUCAUCAAGUUUGCAAUCAGAUUGGAAAAGUUCAACUUGAAGCUUUCUUGCCUGCAGUGAAGCAGAGAGAUACAUAUUAUUCACAUAAUAAAAAACAUGGGCUUCAACCUGACUUUCCACCUUUCCUACAAAUUCCGAUUACUGCUGCUUUUGACUUUGUGCCUGACAGUGGUUGGGUGGGCCACCAGUAACUACUUUGUGGGUGCCAUUCAAGAGAUUCCUAAAGCAAAGAAGUUCAUGGCUAAUUUCCAUAAGGCCAUCAUUUUGGGGAAGGGAAAAACCCCGACUAAUGAAGCAUCCACGAGGAAGGCAGAACUUGACAACUGCCCUUCUGUGUCUCCUUACCUCAGAGGCCAGAGCAAGCUCAUUUUCAAACCAGAUCUUACUUUGGAAGAGGUACAGGCAGAAAAUCCCCAAGUGUCCAGAGGCCGGUAUUGCCCUGAGGAAUGUAAAGCUUUACAGAGGGUUGCCAUCCUUGUUCCCCACCGGAACAGAGAGAAACACCUGAUGUACCUGCUGGAACAUUUGCAUCCCUUCCUGCAGAGGCAGCAGCUAGAUUAUGGCAUCUACGUCAUCCACCAGGCUGGAGGUAAAAAGUUUAAUCGAGCCAAACUCUUGAAUGUGGGCUAUCUAGAAGCUCUCAAGGAAGAAAACUGGGACUGCUUUAUAUUCCAUGAUGUGGACCUGGUACCCGAGAAUGACUUCAACCUUUACAAGUGUGAGGACAAUCCCAAGCAUCUGGUGGUUGGCAGGAACAGCACUGGGUACAGGUUACGUUACAGUGGAUAUUUUGGGGGUGUUACUGCCCUAAGCAGAGAGCAGUUUUUCAAGGUGAAUGGAUUCUCUAACAACUACUGGGGAUGGGGAGGCGAAGACGAUGACCUCAGACUCAGGGUUGAACUCCAUAGAAUGAAAAUAUCCCGGCCCCUACCUGAAGUGGGUAAAUAUACAAUGAUCUUCCACACUAGGGACAGAGGCAAUGAGGUGAAUGGAGAACGGAUGAAGCUCUUACACCAAGUGUCACGAGUCUGGAGAACAGAUGGGUUGAGUAGUUGUUCUUACAAAUUACUAUCUGUGGAAUACAAUCCUUUAUAUGUCAACAUCACAGUGGAUUUCUGGUCUGGUGUAUGACCCUGGAUCUUUUGGUGAUGUUUGGAAGAACUGAUUCUUUGGUUGCAAUAAUUUUGGCCUAGAGACUUUGAAUAGUAGCACAGAUUAAGAACCUGUUAUAGCUCAUUGUUGGGCUGCAUUUUUCCUUUUUGUAUUUUCUUAGCAGAGCUCCUGGUGAUAUGGACUGUAAAACAGUUGUAACAAGACAGCUUUCUUUCUUAGUCGUUUUGAUCAUGAGGGUUACAUGUUGUAAUAUGGAUACUUGAAGGACUUUAUAUAAAAGGAUGACUCAAAGGAUAAAAUGAAGACUAUUUGAGGACUCUGCGUGAAGGAGAUGUAUUUAAAUUUGAAAUGAUAUAUUAUGGGAUAAAAGGUCACAGGUAACAAGACUGCUGAAUGUCUGAGAGAAUCAGAGUUGUUCUCGUCCAAGGUAGAAAGGUACGAAGAUAUAAUAGUGUUAAUUAUUUAUCCUGUACGAUCGUCUGUGAAAUGGUGGGUCCCAGUUGAGAAGAAGGCCACAAAAGAGGGGAGAAAAGGUGACGAAUAAAGAGGCAGUGAACUUGGGAAUGAAGAGGUAGCAGGAGGGCGGAGUGUCGGCGGCAGAGGCUGAUAGCCUGCAGGGGAGGCACCUGCCCAGGUACGCCUUCCAGUGAUACACACCAGAGAACACAUUAUCUAUUAGUUUUGAAAGAGUUUUUGUAAAAUGAUUUUGUACUAGUAGGAUAUAAAUUAGCAGUUUACAAAUUUACAUAUUAACUAAUAAUGAGUACAUCUAUCAAAUACCUCUGUAGUAAAAUGUGAAAAAGC